UUGCCAUCAAUUUUUUUGUCACGGUUCCUUCGUGUCGCUCAGCUCACAAAACCAAUAACGACCCGAUUAUUAAUAGACUACUACUAGCUAGUACGCACACAACAGUAGAUUGCAAAGAGACCACAAAAUUGCUUGAACCCAUCUCAUCUCAGGCAUCCAUCACUAUCACCAUCGCCUUCACUACAACAAUUGGCCACAAGCGAUAGAUCAGAUCAGGUCAAACCAAGACAAGACAAGGCAAGACAAGGCAAGAUGAGCACAAUGGAUCUGCUGCUGGGAAUUGCCCACCUUGGCAUUCCCGCGAGUGUGGCAGCGUCUUUGGGGAGCCUCUACAGAAAGCAAGCGAUUGCUGCCAAUGAUGAAUCUACUAGUAGUUGUGCGACCAGUACAUGUAGUGUAAAGAGCAUUCCUGGUCCAGUGCUGGGAUUGUGUUUGCUGUGCAACUUGCAAUGGCUAUUCAGCGGGAUCCUGCAUCUCGUGAGAUUUGGGGCAGAGGAAGAGGGGGCAGGGUUUACCGUGGUUUCUGUGAUUUUGUUCGUUGUGUGUCUCGUGACGGCUCUUUGGAUUCCCGUGCUCCUCCUGCGCUGCGACCAAAAGCUCUUUUCCAACAGUUCCUUGAAAGACGACGGCUGCCAACAAGCCGCUGAAGAUCUGGUCAAGUUGAACGAAGAAAUGGCCAUCAGCAAGCGCAAGCUCUUUACAUUCAUGAGCUUUUUGUGCCACGAAAUCAGAAACCCCCUCUUUGCCAUUACCAGCAACAUUGAGUUUGCCCAAGACACUAUCACGCCUCGAAGCGACCCGGACCUACAAGAAUCCAUAUCGGCCAUUAACCAGUCCGCAAAACUCAUGCUAAGAUUGGUCAAUGAUGUCCUCGACCUAAGUAAAAUCGAGUCGGGCAAAAUGGAGCUCGAGUUACACGAGUUCCCGUUGCGGGAGUUCUUUCAAAACAUGGCGUCCAGUAUGAGUCGUCAGGUCAUGGGCUCCAAAAAGAAGAAGGAUGCUGCAGUACAAUUCAUCUUUCGCAUGGAUGACACUGUCCCAAGGCUCGCCAAGACUGAUUCUGUAAGGCUCCUUCAGAUUGCUUCCAACUUGCUCUCCAAUAGCAAAAAGUUCACGGAACGGGGCUCCAUUACGCUCACCGUGCAAGUGGUGCCCCGAGAAAACUCUCAAAAACAGCAGCAAGUUACGACGAACGAUGCUACUACUAGUAACGCAAAGGAGGCAGACUGCAGCAAUGAGAAGGAAGAUGCCACCGCGGUGACAUCGACCACUGUCACUCCCAAUGCUUCGAUUGGAGAUCCCGUCGUCAUUCAAGGCCUCCAUUCCACCGAGAACUUUUCGCUUUCCAUGUUGCGAAACCACAUCAAGGACCACAGCAAACAACAGCAACCUACGACGAAAGACAAGAAGAAAAAGAAAAAGAGGGGACUCUUCUUUGAUUCAACGUCCUUUGCGUCAUUCUCUUCCAAACACUUGAGUGCCAUUGACGAAAGUCACCAGGACGGCAAUCAAAAACAAGAGGAGGAACACGAGCAGGAACACGAAGAAGAUCCUGACUUCGACCAAAUGACCCUCAUACUCACAGUAGAAGAUACUGGAAUUGGAAUUGAAGAAGGCCAUCUGGGGCGUAUCUUUCAACCAUACACACAAUCCAAGCUCUCUGACUUUAGACGUCAUGGAGGGACAGGUCUUGGCUUGUCGAUUAUUCAUAACUUGCUCGAAAUGCUUGGAGGAACCGUCAAGGUCUCUUCUGUCGUGGGAAUGGGAUCCAAGUUUAACGUACACUUGCCCAUUGCCAUCCCUAAGCGGGUAAGACAGGAGCAGCAACAGCAGCAACAACAACAGCAGCAGCAGCAAGUGGCAAUGCAAAGUGACAUUGAAAACCAACAGCCACCCGGACAAAUCGUCCUAGAACCAACAUCCAGAAGAGGAUCCUAUGCUUCCUUUGCAAAGCUGCCAGAGGACAUCGAUCUUGAGUACAUGGAUGAAAGCACGGACCAAGUCACCCCCCUUACUUCUCAUUCAGCUUUGGCGAACACAAUUCGACGAGUGUCACUCAAUAACAGUAGUCAAAACAACACCGGCGAUCUUGAUUCGAGUGUCGGAAGUGGCGCCGUCAGGUUUAGCCAAGGAAUGUUGCCUCCCGAGAGAGAUGAUGCCGCCACGCCUCAAGUACGAAACACCAACAACAGCAACGGCUAUCCACAUAGUCCUUCCAGUAGCCCUCGAGGACAGGCCGUACGCUUGGGCAUGCUGCCACCGGAACGGGAUGAUGCCGCCACGCCUCAAGUGCAAAACACAGCGAGCGGUCAUCACCCUGGUCAAUCAGUCCGAAUGGGUGUGCUGCUACCUCAUGAAAGAGAUGAUGCCGCCACUCCGAUUACCAGGAAUGCGGCAUACAACAACCACUAUGACCAACACCAAUCCUACCGGUACUACCAACACGGGCACUACCAUGGGCACCAUCAUGGGCACCAAAUUCACUUCAAUGCACAAUUUCACCAACAGGAGCCUCACAACAACUUUGGCCCGCAAUUUCAUCCUCACCAUUCCAAUGAAGGACUUCAUUACGAGCAUCCAUUGUUCCACCAUCCCAUACAUUCUGUGCAACAGCCCAUGCACCACCAUGUACCAGGUGGUGGCCAUCACCAGCAUAUCCAUCCAGAUUCCUACGACGACGACGACGACACGGGUCGGCACUCGCCGGAUCCAACCUCUUCUCACCAUCACAUGACUCCUGUGCAGUUUGCACUCUUACAUCAUCAUAGUCCGGGGACAAUGCCGGUUCGUUGGGAAUCCAACCAUUUCACAACAGAAGAUGAUAUCACAGACAGUCAAGCGGAAGAUGACUUGGCGGCUCCCAUGCCUCCACUCACACACCUCUCAGCUCAACAUCCAGCAGCCAGUCUCAUCUUACCUGAUGAAGCUCCCCCAGAAGUCGACCUUGCUUCCGGCAAUUCAACACAGCCAGGAGCUUUGUUGCCAUCACCGCUAUUUAGGCUUCCAAAAAUGACACCACAACAUGCACUCUCAGCGGAGCAUACUACUGGAGAGGGCGACACCAACAUUGAUGAACGAUCGACUCCUUUGUUCCCAGCUGGUUCCGCUUCUACUUCGACCUCCAUUGAAACGAGCAACCAUCCAACGUUGAAUGAAACAAAGCAACUGCCUCUCUUCGGAAUGAUCCAAGGUCAUGCAAAGCCAGAAUCUCCCAACACGCCCCUGCCGCCAUUGUCACCAUCUGUCCAAGCACCACGGGCUCGAAAACUGGCUGCUCCCUGCCCUACGAUAGUUAGACCAGAUCAUGUUGAUGGUAGCAGUGUUCCCCGCCCUACGAUAGUUAGACCAGAUCAUGUUGAUGGUAGCAAUGUUGGAGACGAGAAGGGCGGUGAUGAUCCCCAGCAGUCAGUGCGACCGACAGAGCCACCCCUGAAUGGCCUCGUCAUCUCACGGAAACCGAUAGAUACAAUUUCCUCUCCGCCAACGGUACAAGCUCACGCUAGGCAGCUCAAGCCUAUGUUCCACGUUCCUCCAGCUGCACCAGCCAAGACAGCAGCACCUAUUAAUGUGGGAACCUCUACACCGAACGGCAAGCUGUCCAAGUUCUCCUUCCCCAGUAAAUCGAAAAUGGUGCUCGUGGUUGAUGACAACGGAAUCAACCGAAAGCUCAUUGGGAAGAUGCUGAGUUUCUUCCAUUUAGAGUAUCAGGAUGCCGAGCAUGGCAAGCAGGCCGUCGAGAUCAUGUCUCGUUCUCAAAAUGUCACGGGUGAUCCUUCUGCUCCACGAUUUGGUAUGGUCAUCAUGGACCUAUGCAUGCCUGUGAUGAAUGGGUUUGAAGCCAUUGGAAGCAUUCGUUCAGAGCUGAAGCUGCUGGAUAUUCCAAUUAUUGCUCUUACAGCCAGUGCCAUGGAAGACGAGGAACGACGAGCAAUGGAUGCUGGCGCCACUGAGUUUGCUACCAAGCCAUUGAUGCGCCCAACCCUGCAUUCUAAAUGUGAACGCUAUCUUGGACAAUCUGCAGACGAGAAACCAAAGCCACCCGACAACAAUGCAUCUGCACUACCGGUAGCUCCAGUUCAAUAG